AUGGAUGCUGCUGCUGCUGCUACGCGGAGGGAGAGAAGUGCUGCGAGAACCAAGGGUAGCAGUGUGCGGGCAAGAGCCAGCAUACCGCCCACAGCCGGGGAGGGAAUCGCAUCGAGCAAGUCCAACACUCAGCGGGUGCCGUCUCUACCUUCUCGGCGAGCCAAUGCCAACGCCGGUGCAGCAACAAACGAUGCUAUUAAGAACGGUGCCCGACCGGCCACAGCUCCGGUGAACUCGGAAGAGGGGGAGGUGGUGGGCUUGCCGGGACUUUCCAGCCUGAACGUGGCCGACGCCGUGGUGACAGAGUACGAGAAGCUUCUGGCGGCCGUGCCCACCAUGGCGAGGCACAUGGGGAAGCUCCAGCUGGACACCGAGGUCAUGGCGGAGGGUCUCGAGAGGCGCGUGCGCAGUCUGGUAGACGGCUACCGCGAGCUGAACGAGCUGGUGGACCAGGCCCCCGUCAGGGUUAGCGACGCCGCCUCGGAGUACGCGCAGGCUCUCGGCCUUCGCCGCACUCAAGGCUCGCCCCUUCUGGGCGAUGGUGCCGGCAUGGAUGGAUCGGAUGAGGCUCUGGACGUGGAGGGGAUUCACAGGGAGCUGUUCGCGCUAAAGGAGGCCAAGAUUGCCCUCGACGCGGCGAUCAUGCUCGCCCCCACCGAUCCCACGCAGCGGCAGCAGCGGCGAGGGGCACUAGAUCGCCACUCCACAAGUUCUGCCAGAGUUGCAAAUCGAGCUAGCCGCGGCGUUCAAGGCGUGUCGAGGCGUAGCGGCAUCACGGCUGUCGCCGGUGGUGGCGGUGAGCGGUCCUACCGGCGUACCGUAGCCGCGGUGGCAGCCGGGGCUCGAGCAGGUACCCGGGGCGGAAGGGCUGGUGAUGUGGCGGCGGCGGCGGUGGCGGCUGCCGGGGGCGUGACCAGGAGGCCGAGCGACAGGCGUGCCCUGGUCGAAAUGCAGGUAGACCCGGAUCGUCCUCUCCCCUUGCCUACGUUCCCGGGCCACGGGAAGCUUCUUGGGGGGGAAGCGAAGCAUCACAGCAAUAACCACCACCAGCAGCAGGCACCAUCCGGCAACAGUCUGCCUGGCGAUCUUAAGCACCCGGGCAGCGGCGGCGGCGGCGGCGAGGCCGACCAACCAGGAGAAGGGCACUACCACGGGUAUUUCGUGCCGGGGGUGGUUGCCCCCAAGCAGCGGCAGAGUCACGGCCUCCCGCGAGAGCUUCGCGCCAUCUCCACCAUCCCGACCCCGGAAAAACGGCCAGCGAGUCGCGCCACCGCCUCCGCCAGUGGCCAACGGCGUCGCGUGCGCUCGAGGUCUGCCUUAGCGCAGCCGCCGUCCGCCCGUAGGGCAGCCGCGGUGCCGGUGGCACCGCCGCUGCCCCGCCAACCGGCGGAAGCAACGGCGAUAGGUCCAGGGAGCGGCGGGUAUGGUGUGUCUGCGUCCCGCCCGGAUCCCGGGUCCUCGGCGGCGUUGGCGAGUGCCCGCGACCAGCGCAGGUCGACCAGGAGGGCAGUGGACGCGCUGAGGAAGGAGAUGCUAGAGCGGGAGGCCAGGCUGGAGCGAGAGCUGGACAGGCUCAGGGACUCGCGGUCGCAACGCGCCGCAUCCGCCGCCGUCGCCGAAACCGGCCCGGCGUCGAAGGCGGCGCCUUCUCCGAAGGCGACGCCCGCCCCGGCGAUCGGUAAGAGGCGUGGUUCAACAGCAGCAGCAGGAGGAGGAGGAGGAGGGAGGGGGCGGGGCGCUAGCCGCGGGCGACGUCGAGCACCGCCGUCGUCGCGGGUGCAAGCGCCAAAACAGAAGCCUGCUGGUGCUGGUGCUGGGGCUGUUUCUCGAGACUCUGUCGGCGAGGAGGCGGAAGGGGCCGAUAACGACGACGAGGAGGGUGGGCGGGGUUCGCGACCGGUGGCUCGAUCAGUCGAUACGGCCGACGCGCAGGCUCAGACGGCAGCCGACGGGGUGCAGCUGUUCCUCCACCCCCAGCCUGCGAUCCGCGAGGCUCUCCGAGUGCCCGCCAACCAACCGUCGCCGGAAGGCCACGCGGUCGGCGCUCAUCAACAGACGAGGAGCACAGGCAACGUUGUCGAAGAGCACUACUACCUCGAUGAUGCAUCCUUCUUGUCGUCUGUGUCGGGGGGGGGGGAGGAGGAUGGCAGUGGCCUGGGCCGCCAGCUAGGCGGGCGGCUGCACGUGUCGCCGCCGGGCCCCGUGGUGUUUGUAGAGGGAGAAGGCCGAAACCGUUACUGGCGGCCGGCGGACGACGACCGACUGCUCCGGGGGGAAGGAGGCUCCUCCGCCGCUGCCUUUGGCGCCACGAGCGCUACCGGCGCCAGCGGCGCCGAAGCUCUCCACAGCGGAGACGCCAGGCUUAUCCUCGCCGCCAAGGAAGAUAACGACGAUGGUAGGCCGGAGCGGGAGAUUCGGCUAACUACCGGGCGGCUCGAGGCGGCGGCAGUAGCGCCGGAGUCGGUGCAGGACGGCGCGUGGGUGGAGCUAGCCGGCAUGUUGGCGAUGUCGGCUGCUCCGCCGACGGCCAGGCCGUCGAUCUCUGAGACGCUUUCUGGUGAGGGGCAGGCUGGGAAGAGCUCGACGGAGGCAGCGGCGGCUUCUCCCGAGCUGUUGGACCUCAUGCGGGAGGUGGUGGGGCAGCAGCGGGAGAUGGGGGAGGAGAGGAGAGAAGAGGAGGGAAAAAGCGGGUCGGCAGACGGAGGGCAAGGGGAACAGCAGCUGGUUGAUCGACCUACUCCGACGGACAGGUUCUGGCCAAUCACAAGCGAGCACGACGCGGCGGAAUUGGCAGAAGAAUCGGGGUCGGGCACGAACGGGGAAGGUUCGGGGAUGGGUGUUCAAGGCCAAGGUGUCGCGGCGGCGAAGGUGGUGGCGGUUAGAGACGACGGGGGCACCGAGGAAGAGAAGGGGGAGGCGGGGGGUGUAUCGGCACAGCAGCCACCGCCACAAACCUUCAGGUCGAACCUGGGGCGCUUGCUUGCGGCCGGGAGCGGGUGGAAAGACGUCCCUCUGGAGGAAGAUGGCGAUGGAGCGGCUGAGAAGGUCUUCAAAACCUCCUUGGGUCGUGCCUUGGCCGGCGGUCCGGGUGGUGCCUUGAAGGGAGAGGCCGGUGUCCUCGGCGUCGGCGGCGGGGCCAAUUCCGGAUCGAGCCGAACAGGCACAAGUCGUGCCGCCGGCGAACCGGAUGUUCAGGAACUCCUGUGGGAAGCGGGGAGAAGAGGGGACACGGGGGCUUUGUCCCCUGAAACGGCCGUCAGGAAGCGAGCGUCGGCGCUGGAGUCUCGCAGGUUCCUCUCUGCGGUGUCUGAGUCCGAGGCGAAGAGGUGUGCCGAAGAACGGGAUGGCGGACUUUCAUCCCCUGGGAGUGACGUUGAUGGAGACAGCGAGGCGGAGGCAUUGGAGCAGGAGGCGCGCGCCAAGUCUGCUAGAGAGGGCAGACAUAGACACCCCCCUCCCGACUCCCCCCUUCCAGUCUCUUCUACCUCACGACAACAAGAACAGCAGCAGCUGCAACCACAGCAAGAUGGUCAAGGUGGCGAGAGGCUACACCUUUCUCUGGCCACUGCCGUACUAUCGGUGGCCCAAAGGCUGAGUGCAGUCGAGGAGAGAGCCUUGGCGAGGGCGGAAGGGGCGGAGGGUUUGGCCAGGCAAGCGAUGGAGGAGACAAGGAAAGAGGGAGCGGACGGGCGACAGCGGCAAUCGGAGGUCAUGCAUCGGCUGGAGGAGAUGGAACACGGUUCGGAGAAGCGGGCAAGGGUAGUCGCAAGGGAGAUCGCGGAGCUGAGAGAAGAGGGCCGCCUGGAGAGGCAAAGGAUAAGCCAGCUGCAGCAGACCCGCGGUAAUCGGUCUGGCGAGGCCGAGGCCCUGGGGGUCAGCAACGCCGGUCGGGAUUGGAGCUCAGGAGGAGGAGGGGGGCCGAGACCGCACUUGACUCUGCUCAUGUCUGCGCACCCCCGCCUUAAGAGGGGGGGAAACCGGGGGUCUUCGCGUGGCGGGCAUGUCAAGGCUCCUCUUCACGCCCAGACUGAUGACGGUAAGGGGUGUAGCGGUGGUGUUGCUGGCAGCGGUGGUGGCGGCCGACGGCGUGGUUCACGGUCUCUAGGAGGACCGUUCCCAGGAACGGUUCGCGAGAACGGUGACGGUGGGUUACGCAGGCCAGGGUUUCCGGAGCAGAGUGCGGGCCUUGGUGUCGAGAUCGGUGGUGGCGUCGGGGGUGACGCUGGAUCACCGUCCCUUAGCGACAGCGGCCAGAGCCUAGAGCCGGGGCAGACGGCGCAGAGACUUUCCUGGCACGGGGACGAUGCCCGUAGAGGUCUCGGGGUUGCUAGCGGCGGGGUCGGGGUUGCCGGGGCAUCGUGGCUGCGUCAUCAUAUCUCGACGGCGUCGGAAGGCACUGGGUCUUGUUCAGCCGGGGAGGCGAGCAGCGGGGCGGAGAUGGGGGAGGCGCCUCCUGCGUUGUCGGAGGAGGAUUUGGACGGUUUCCUAGAGGAAGGAGGCGGCAGGGAGUGGGACCGAUCAUCGCGGCCCAUGGUGGCGUUGAAAGUUGGGAACAGGCCUGGCAGGCGGAGACAAACCGAGAUUCAGCGCGCCGUCGCAGAAGCCGAGCUCGACCUGUGCACCGCCACCGGUGUGGACUACUACCGCGACCUCGCCCAAUCAACGGAGUUGUUAGCCGCCGAGCCCGCCGGGAAGGAAAAUGGGGGCCCCGCGGAAGGCUCUGAUACAGCAGCAGUAGUACCGGCAGGCCAACUCAGAGAUCCCGACGAUGGUGUAGUUGGGGAAGAUAAGGAGGCGUUUUCGCCGGAACAGAAGGACAGUGGCAGAGCAGAGAGACAGGAACUUGAGCCAGGAGAAGUACCGUAG